AUGGCUUCCAUUCCAUCAAGUGGCUCACUCGUCGCAACCCACGACUACUACCGCCGACGCCUGGGGUCCACCUCCAGUAACAGCUCUUGCGGCAGCGUGGACUAUUCUGGAGAGGUCAUUUCUCACCACCCAGGUCUCCCGAAGUCGGAUCCUGGACACUGGUGGGCCAGCUUCUUCUUUGGCAAACCUCACCAUCCCGUCAUGACCACUGUUUCUGAAUCCCCGGAGAACUCAGGAAGCAUCCGUGUGACCAAUGGCCUUAUCCCUUGUGGCCUGGCUCAGGAGCCGGUGAGGAAGAACGUCGGUGAGACCAAGACUGACUCCAGUGCCUCCGCCUGA